AUCGCGACGCGCGCGCGCGCGGACCGUCGUCGAGCGCGCGCGCGAUGACGUCUCACGCGUCGACGCGCGUGCUGUCCGAGCUCUCCGCGAGCGCCAUCGCGUCGACGCUCGACGCGCGCAAUCGCGACGCCCUGGUGACGGCGAUCGCGUCGCUGUCGAGGCGCGGCGGCGACGGCGCCGUCGCGCUGGCGAUGGACGGCGCCGUCGCGAAUGGACUCGUGCGGUGCACGCGGGACGUCGCGCGGCGAUUGCGAGACGAGGCGCGCGUGCGGAGGUUUUACGCGUUGGAGCCGCGGGGCGAGCUGCCGGCGGAGGACGACGCGGACGCGGUCGCGUUCGCGGUGCGUCCGCAGUUGAGCGCGAUGGUGACGAUCGCGGAGCACGUCCGGGGGGUGCGAGAUCGCCGGGAGCGCGCGCUGCGCGAGCGCGCGCGAAGAGCGGCGAACGCGAACCGAACGAAAACGAGCGCGAGAGACGCGGCGGCGAGUCUGUUGACGCGCGUCGCGAGCGGGGCGAUGGGGAAGAGCGAGAGCGCGAGUAGGGACCGGGCGAGCGGUGACGCGGCGAUGGAUGCGUUUUCAGAAGUGCCGCCGCUGCCGAAGAUGUGCGUCGUGUGCGUGCCGCGCGCGACGGCGAUGUGCGAAGACGCGCUGCGAGAGUUGCACGCGCUCGAAUACGUGGAGAUGACGUCGUGCGACGCGCACUUGAUUCCCGUGGAACCGGACGUUUUCACGCUCGAGUAUCCGGAGUGCUACAGCGAAAUCGUCACCGAGGAGUGGCACGCGUGCACGUAUUACGUCGCCGCGGCGUUGCACAAGCUUCAGCGCGACGUCACCGGCCUCGCGCACGUCGUCAAGGGAAAGGGCGAAAUCGCGCACAAAGUCGCGCAGUUGAUGCUCGAGCUUCGUCUCGGCGGACAGGCGGACGACGAACCCGAGCACGUCGAACCGGGCGUUGAUGGAGAUUCUCUGAUAGAUAUGAUAGUUUUGAUCGAUCGAGACGUGGACAUGGUGACCCCGCUGUGCACGCAGCUCACGUACGAGGGGUUGAUCGAUGAGAUUUUAGGCAUCGAAAAAGGCGCGGUAGCGAUUCCCAAACGCGCGUUUGAAGACGAGGAGACGAGGGAAAGAAAGGCGAGAGAGGCGGAAGCGAAUCUGCCGGAGGAGCAACGAGGCAAGAUGCCCGUUCGCGCGCGAGCGCACAAGGCUGGCGAGAUCGCGAUGCGGCCAAAACUCAACAACACCGACAAGUUGUUUGAUGAAAUUCGCGAUUUGAACUUUGGGCGAGCGUGCAACGUCAUUCGCGACCUCGCGACGGCGAUUAAGGAGGAUUACGCCGCGAUUAAGGGGUCCAACGUCGAGGAUCAACACGUGAGCGAAAUCGGCGAUUUCGUGAAGAAGAUUAAAGCCAACAUCGGGGGCACGGGCUUAGAUUUGCACGCCACGCUCGCCAAGUACUUGAUCGACUGCACGAAGAAGAUUUGGUUCCAAGACCGCCUCGAGUGCGAGCGUUUGUGCGUGGAAGGGGAAGAUUUGAAGAAAGUCAUCGAGCACAUCGAGACGAUGAUUUACCGCGGCGACGAAGCCGUGCCGUGUUUACGCAUGAUCGUGCUCGCGUGCAUAUGUUUCAACGGAUUUCCGCCGAAAGUACACGAAAAGCUAUUCUCCGACAUGUUCAACGCGUUUGGACCGGAGAUUAUGCUCAAGCUCCUCGCGCUCGAAACCGCGGCUUUGUUUGUCGAUCGUGAAGCGGCGAAGAAACGGCCGAGAGGUUUCGCUCAGGUGCGAAAGCCACUCAAACUCGUCGCCGACGGUGUCGAUGGCUCCGAAGAGCCGAAAGACAUCACGUUUGCCUACUCUUCGUCGGGCUACGCGCCGCUCAGCUGUCGCAUCGCCGAGGCGGCGACGCGAGGGCCGUGGAAGACCAUCGCCCCGAACAACACCGGAGAGGACGUGCUGAAGCAUUUACCCGGAGACACGUUCGAGUACACGCAGACGGAGAACGACUAUGGACGCGCGACGAACACCAAGGCGAGUUAUCGCGAGUUCAACAAGCGUCGCGAGAAAGCCGCCCCGCUCGACGGCAAGGAUGAGCUCUGGCCUAAACCCACCGUUCUCGUUUUCUUCAUCGGCGGCGUCACCCACGCCGAGAUCGCGUGCCUGCGUCACUUAGCCAAGACCAAGGAAUGCGGAUGCAAUUUCGUCGUCGCCACCACCAAGGUGUUCAACGGCGACGCUUUGCUCGACACGUGCGGCGAGGACGCCGAGCGACUCGAGACUCGCCUUCGCGUCGCGCACGACACCGGCGGCGCGCCGCCGUCGUAG